UCGAUAAGGCUGAAUUUGAAAUUAUUUUCUUAUGUUACAGUGCUCUUCCAAAGAUCAUAAAGACUGGAUUCGCAGCCAUUAAUCUUAUUUACUUUUUCACUGCCGGACCAGAUGAGGUAAAGUGCUGGCAAAUCCGUCGUCAGACUAAAGCUCCUCAAGCUGCAGGAGCAAUUCAUACUGAUUUUGAGCGAGGUUUCAUAUGUGCUGAGGUUAUGAAAUUUGAAGAUCUUAAGGAACUUGGAAGUGAAUCAGCAGUGAAGGCUUCUGGGAAGUACCGGCAGGAAGGGAAGACGUAUGUUGUCCAGGACGGGGACAUUAUUUUUUUCAAGUUCAAUGUCUCCGGUGGUGGGAAGAAGUGAGGUUUUCCAUCCCUUUUUUCAUUGCCAAUUCUAGAGGUUGAGAAAUGAAUACUACUAUAAUUGUAAGUUAUAAUCAUGCUUUGGGUGGUUCAUGAGCAUUGUACAAAUUUCGUGAUCUUGAUUAGAAGUACGGAAUAUCACUCUGUUGUACUA